UCAAGAAGAGUCUUACGGUUAGAUUGUUCUUUAGAUUUAAAGCUAAAAAAUAAAGGCUGCUUUGGGUUGGGGCUGCUGGGCUUGGGAAAGAAAGCUUCAGCCUUUUUUGCAAUCAUACUCUUCCCUUUCUCUAGCUGCUAUUUGUUCCACUAAAGAAACAAUUGCCUGAAGGUCACACUUAACCCUUCAUCACAAAAAAUGGGCAGCAGCCUAAUUUUCAAUUCUGUAGUUGAUCUCAUUUAUUUCAAAUCUGAUUAGGUUGUGCCCAACUUAUAUUGAAUGCUGUAUAAACAUUUGGAGCAACUCAUUCAUUUCAUUUGUAUGUUGUGAAGCUGGGGCUGACCACAGAAACAGAUGGUCUCAUGUUCUCUUGUGUAGCCUGCCCUUCCGUUGCUUGGAUUCUGUUCCAAAAGAGCUGCUAUGCUUUACUUCAGGGAUCCUCAGAAGGCUACAGCAUGGAUGAUGCCAGGGAGCUCUGCCAAGGCAAUGCCUCUGGAGCUGAUAUCAUUAGUAUAAAUAGCAAAGAUGAAAAUAUCUUUAUUCAAAGUAGUUUUCGCUCAAAUUGGCAUGGUCCAGAAUAUAUCUCUCUUGGCAUGUUUUUUGACACUGAUGAUGAUAUUUUCAAAUGGUUUGAUGAUUCCAAAGUAAAUUUUACAAACUGGAUAGAGGAAGAAAGUAACAAUGAACUCCUAAACACUUGUGCUACUAUGCAUACAGCUUCAGGUGGAUGGAAAAAAGUCUCCUGUGAACACCUUCCCCUGACUAAGAUCCUGUGUGAAACUACUGUUCUUUAUCAAAAGACACAUUUAUUUGAAACUGCUUGGACAACCAUCGUAGUCAUAAUGUCAACAAUAAUUGUGUCAAUGUCUGCAGCAUUUCUCUGGUUCCUUUAUCAAAGGAGGAUAUCAUCUAGACCAACAUGUACCAUACAUAAUUCCAUCACUCAAGUUCCAUGUGACAAUGAAACAUUUCUUAUAGAUGAAGAAAAUGAAUAUUCUGCAUAAAUUGCUUUCAUUUAGAUACAAUUACAGAAAUGGGCAAUGGACCAAUACUGCCUUCAACACCACUAGCACAAAUAUAAUCCAAAUGAAGAUGUUUACUUGCUUUUACUCAUAUGAAAUAAUUUUCUGUCUAAAUGUGCGUUUUUCAAGAUGCUUAACUCCCCUUUGAUAAUACCCAUAGUUUAAAAAUCAUUCUUAUCUGGAAAGGCAAAUAUGCCCAAAAACCCUUUGGAAGGAAGAAGCUCCUGCCUUCAGGGACACUGUGCUAAAUUUAAUCUGAUGAGACAGUUCACAUCAAAUGAACUAGGACCAACAAGUCUCACAGCAUUCAUUUGAUUAUGAAGUUCAGAAUUCCAGUUGUGGACUAGAAGUCUCUACAAAAACUCUUAUCAUUCCCAAAAAUUUAAAACACAAGAUUGUAAAAUACUAUCUUUAAGAAACAUGGAGCAACUGAGAUCAUGAACAAUGAAGAUGACAAUUUAUUAAAACCUGUAGAUAGUACUUUUAUGAUGAAGUCUGCAUAUUCUCCUAGUGAAUGUCAACUUUUUUUUUAAUUAACAAAAUAUGGAACAACACAAGGACCUUCAACACAAGCCCAAUCUUUUUAUAUGUUUGUUCUAAUAUACUGUUCUGUAAAAUAAAAUUGAGUAUAAAUA